UGGAUCAUGAGGAAGAAGGAAGUCAGUGCUAAGGAUUUUGGAGUAAAAAGAGAAGAGGGGAUCCCUGGGUGGUGCAGUGGUCUGGGGCGUGAUCCUGGAGACCGGGGAUCGAGUCCCACAUCGGGCUCCCGGUGCAUGGAGCCUGCUUCUCCCUCUGCCUGUGUCUCUGCCUCUCUCUCUCCCUGUGUGCCUAUCAUAAAUAAAUGAAAAUUUUUUUAAAAAAAGAAGAGACUGGGCACUCUGUGAUGCCAAGAUGUCACCAGACCAGCACUCAGGCAGUCCACCUCCAGAGUUUUUUAUGUGAAAGAAAAUCUUUAUUCUCUUUCACCCGGGGCAAAUUCUGUCAAACAUAAUUUCUACCAAAUAAUGCAGACACCCAUUCCAAAUUUCCAACGCUCCCUGCAAGUCUUAUUCCUGCCCUCCAUUGAAAAAAUCAAGGUCAUCAGAUGCUAAGGCACUAAAAUCCCUGCCUUCAGGACUUCAUGUCCCUCCUAUGUAACAUCUACCCAUCUCUCCACUCUGGCCAUAAAGAUACUGAAAUCUCUAUCUUUAAAAAGCCAAACAAUUUUUAGAAACUCACAAUCCUCCUUCCAACCCCACGAUUCCCGUUAACCACUCUCCUUUCUCCCACGUGCAAAGAACAGCAGAGUCGGGCAGCCCAGGUGCCGCAGCGGUUUAGCGCCGCCUGCAGCCGGAGGCGUGAUCCUGGAGACCCAGAAUCGAGUCCCACCCACGUCGGGCUCCCUGCAUGGAGCCUGCUUCUCCCUCUGCCUGUGUUUUUGCCUCUCUCUCUCUCUCUGAAUGAAUAAGAAAAACCAAAAACCAAACCAAAACCAAACCAGCGGAGUCCGUGUGUGCCAGCUUCCCGCUCAAACUGCCCACCUACGGGCCCACGGGCGGCCUCCCCAGGCCCUCCGCCCCUCACUCUCCCGACCAAGAGCGCCCUACCCGCCAGGGCCUCUGCACCCCUGCUUUUUCUGUCCGCAGCGGGAAGCAGGCUGGAACACCCCCCCUUGUGCAUCGCCUUCCCUCAGGCCUGCGCCGUCCAGGCCGCCUUCUCCCUCUCCUCCUAGGUCAGCUCCUCUCCCUAAGGGUCAGGGCGUUAGGCCCAAGGAGGGAAGGACGGCAGGAGCUCCGAGGAGGGGACAGCAGCUAUCCUAACCGCACGCCCUCGAACGGAAGGGACGCCUGGGAGAGCGAGGGGUCCCCUGGAAGCACCAGCACCUGCGCGUUCCCGCGCUGCAGCCAGCCGCGUGCAGAAAAGGGCCCUGAGCCGCCCCAGGUGCCCGCGGGCGGGGCGGGCUGGGCGCCGGCCGGGCCCAGAGCGCAUGCGCGGGCCAUCUGCGGGAGGGCGGCGCCUGCGCAGUAGGCGGCACGUGCCCGCCAGCCUAGGUAAGGGCGGGAGCCGGGCCGCCGGGCGCCAGCCUGUCCGCGUGGCGGAGCCUGCUCGGGGUCAGCGCAGAAAACGAACUCCUCUUCGGAAAACAGCGCUCACUCUGAGGGCGGUACCGCCGGGCCGUUUUGCUACGUGCACGCGGUGGGCCCUCCGCCGUAGCCGGGUCCCUGGUACCAGAAUCUCCCCGGUAAUCCGUUCUGUGUUCCGGGGGCAGGUUUCAGAAACGGAAGUCUGUUUUUUCCAUAUUCGGUGGUACUCCGUGAGUAUCCUGGCUUCCUCAUCCCUCAGUCCCCGUUGCCCACUGCACUUAACCGAAGACCUGUGUUGUGUAACACAGCACAGUUCCGGCAGUGUAGUGGCUAUGGAAAGAAAACAAAUACGAAAGAGACUCAGACUGAACCUCAUCAGGCUGAAAACAUGACGCAGAAACAAGACACCCACUCAGAAGGUAAUAGGGUGACCAGUAUCCUGACUUCUAAUAUUGACACAAAAAACGACAAAACUCCUAAAGCAACAGAUAGGGUUUUGUCUUCUGUUGUCCAGAAGAAGGAGCCACAUCCUGAGAGCCCUUCUCAUAACAUCGUGUACAGGAUAUCACCUCAAGAACACUAUGUACCUGAGAAGGCAAAAAUGAGGCCAGAACAGAGCAAAGGAUGCCCUAUAAUACAGUUCUGGAAGACUUUGAAGGAAACUAUCCAUUUGUAUAACCUAACUUAUGGUAAGGCCUUGCCAGAGAACCUGGUGCAGCAUAGUGGGAUUUCACAGAGUCCUUGUGAAAGUAGAAGUGAGCUCUGUAACCGUAAUGAGGGUGCAGGCAGCAUCACAUGUAAAGAUGAAGAAAGCACUAUCUGGUCAGAACAGUGUCAUGAUGUAAAACAUGAUGAGGUGGUAAAGUCAGGCUCCAUCAGGGACAUGAACUUGGGAAAAGAAAAAGGCUGUGCAGCUGUUCCCCAAUUCCUGUCCUCUCCAGGUGAAGCAAAAGACAGAGAUGAAAUCCAGGAUACACUAAACUCCAGUCUGUGCCAGUCUUCUGGAGAUGGCAAUCAGCUCCAGCAGGAAAGGCCAUUCUGCUCCAGCAAUAAGGCCAUUGAGGACCUGAGCCUACAGUCCAGAUCCCAGAGUCCCAUUAGCUUUGGGGAGAGCAUGCCAGACAAUGGCAGUGGAGGCCAUGGUCAUCUUGUGAAAGUGGAUGAAGGUGAAGUGGUAGAGACGCACACCUGCCCUCAGAGUUAUGUCCCUCCCCCUACCUCUCUGGCCCAGUUCAGCCAAGUCAGUGAAGGCAUUCAGUGUGAUACGAGCCAGUGGCAGGAUGCAGAACACGAACAGUCUCCUGAGCCAUCACCAGAAAGCAGAAAGACAACAGAGGAAGGGGCAGUCAGGUGUGGGGAAUUGGAUGAGGUGGUGAGGGACAGCUUCCCCAAGUAUGUUCCUAACCCCGCCUGGUUGGCCCAGAUGAACAGCAAGGGGGUAGAUGCGGGGAUUCAGUGUGAUGGCAGCUGGUGGCAGGAUGCAGAGCUGGAGAAAUCCCCUGACCAAAUGCCUUCCAAAGAUGAGGAGUCCUUACCAGCCUGCAAAACUGAGGGCUCACAGGGAAAGACCAUCAGGACUGGGGAACUGAACACAGAUGAAGAAAUGACCAGGAAGGAUGAGACUGAGGAGGAGGAGCACGAGAACUUCAAGAAGUGUGCAGAUAUUCAAAAGUCUGUGACCGGCAGGAAGCAGACAUCCCUGAGCAACUUCUCAAGUGGGAACACAGGCUAUUUAGUGAGGAAAAAUGCUGCUUCGAACACUGUAUUUCCCGAGGAUUCAGAAGACUGUGACUUCGAAGAGGAAGUUGAAGGUGAAAUGGAGGAGCUAGACCGCCUCUUUGCAGACUUAGUCUACUGGGCCCUGUGGCCUCUUCAAUUAUCACAAAGCUGGCAGGAUCAUCAGGAUGCCACCCGAGUGCUGUCUCCCUUCCCAACUUCUUGUGUGGCCCGCCAGAAAUAAGAACAGGUUAAAGCAUGGAGAAUAUGAGAGCAUCCCUGUAGUGUGCAGAGUGACGGGACAGGAUGGCCAGUUCCGAGGGGAAUGUACGACGGCCAUGCAGGAGAGGUUGGAGUCCAAGAGAGCCUCUCAUAAGUCCUGGGAACGUAAAUGACUAACAGGCUCAUCCUAUUUGGUGUCUGUGCUUGUUCCAUACUGGGUCCUGGAUCCAAAGGCAGCCAUAGAUCAUAGUUUCAAAAUGGAGAAACACUAUUGUUCUUUUUUUUUUUUUUAAAGAUCUUAUUUAUUCAUGAAAGAGAGACAGGCAGAGACACAGGCAGAGGGAGAAGCAGGCUCCCCAAAGAGAGCCUGAUAUGGAACUUGAUCCCAGGACUCUGGGAUCAUGCCCUGAGCCAAAGGCAGUCACACAACCACUGAGCCACCCAGGUGCUACUGAAAGAAUGUUUAAAGAUGUAGAUGCCCAUGUUUGUAGGAUUGGCAGAGAUCCCAAGUUUUAGGUCUUGCAUUCUAGGAAUUGUAAUUUGAAACAGAGCUAUAGGAGAUGAUGCAGACCUGGGUGGUGGGAAAGGACAGGAGAUAGAGAAAAGAGUGAUGGACAUAGAUCUAGGUGGAGUUGCUAAGAACGGGCAGUCCCAUGUAGAGGUGGUGAAUUUUGAUACAAAUUUGGGGGCUGUUCUUUGGAGUGAGAAUGGAGACCAUAACAUGAGCUCAAAUGGACAGCCAGGCCACAUCAAGUAUGUUCCAGGGAUUGAACCUGAGAACAGCCAUCCAGGGGCAAGAACUGUGAUGAGUUGGGAAAGUGGUGCUAAAAUAGUAGAUAUUUUGGGGCACCUGGGUGGCUCAGUGGUUGAGCGUCCGCUUUUGACUCAGGGCGUGAUCCUGGGGUCCUGGGAUCAAGUCCCACAUCAGGCUCCCUGUAGGGACUCUGCUUCUUCCUCUCCCUGUGUCUCUGUCUCUCAUGAAUAAAUACAAUCUUUAAAAAAAUCUUAAAAUCUUUCAAAAAAAUAGAUAUUUUCCUUUUUAGAUUUUUGUCCUGUAGGUAAUUAGGAAGUGCCAAAAGCAAAUUGAACAGAGAAAGGACAGGAAGAAAUAUGCUCUACGCAUCAUCACCUGGCGGGACUGUGUAGGAGGAAUUUGAAGUGUAGCUGUAUAGCUGAAACUUCUAUAUAAAGUUAGUUUAGUUGAACAUUGGAUAUAAAGUGAUCAGGAUCCUAACUCUCAUGGGAGUUAAAAUAUCUACAUCUCAGAGAAUCCAUCAAUAAAAUUGAUUUUUUUAAAGAUUUUUUAAAAAAAUUAUUUAUUCAUGAGACACAGAGAGGGGCAGAGACACAGGCAGAGGGAGAAGCAGGCUCCAUGCAGGGAGCCCGACGUGGGACUCGAUCCUGGGUCUCCAGGAUCACACCCUGGGCCGAAGGCGGCACUAAACCACUGAGCCACUUGGGCUGCCCAAUAAAAUUAAUUCUUUAAGAAAGCCUUUAAGAAAAAGGCUGGGGUUUGAACAUGAGUACCUGGAGAAAAUGAUAACAUCCUUGGAAAAGUAAACUUGGGAAAGGGAGUUGUUUUGCUUUACUGUGUGGUUGUUGGUGGGAGGACUGGACUAGUAGGUCAUGCAGACCUGGUUGAAGCUUGAGUUUGGACCACCCUGUGGUUACGGAAGGGGCUCAAAGAGUGGGAAGGACCCAGAGUAGAGCCUGGGGGAUGAUUAUAUCUGGGGUGC